AUGGCCCGGGCCUUGCCGGCCUUCUGCCUGGUGCUGGCUUUUGCCGAGGACGCAUCUGAUGCUUCUUCAUUUCUGUACAGUCAGGUGUAUGCGGCCAAGCGGAGCGAUUACUAUCUCCGGCGCGCCAAAGCGUUCCGUUCGAGUUCAGUUGCGUGCCGAGCCUUUCUGGAAGCAGCUGCCGAGAUCAAUCCGGACAACGAGUCUGUGCUGGACCGCGCGAAAGGGGCGAUCGGCUGCGGCUUUCAGGAGCCCGUGCGACUAGCUGGGCCGACGGAGCUUCAGAUAGGCCCAGUGCGCAGCUGGCCGGCAGAGCAGCCGUCGUGCUCCAGUGUGGGGCAGCCGAGGCACGUCUUCGCCACCCCCCUGGGAUUCCUGCACGCCUCAGAGCUGAACCUCCGGGACUGGCGGGCCACGCUGCAGCGCUUCAGCGCGGCGGCGCAGGCGAAGUUCGCAGAGGUGCAGCGUAAGAAGAAGCAAUCGUUUGUGGACUUGAACAACCACUUCUUCUCCAGUCAGGACACGAACCCCUUCUCUGCCAUGCGGCAGCCUGGUACCUGGCCCGAGCUCUACUCCUCUAGCGAGUACAAAGAAUGGGCCAGGGCCAGUCGAGACAUUUGCACGUCUUUCAUAAGCAAGCUCGGCAUUCACCUCUCGAAGGAGGAAGCCGAGGACAUGGAACUGGUGACCUGGGCUGCUGUGUAUCCAAAGAAGUCCGAGCCGGUGACGCACUACUACCACGCCCACCAGGAGUCCAUUGUUAGCUUUGUGCUCUACGUGAAGAUGCCGGAGCCCGUCACUCCUCUGACCAUCUCUGACCCGCGGGGAGCACCGCCGGUGGAGGACUUCGAGUGGUUCCAGGACAAAGGUGACAUGGGAGUGGACGGGGAUCCACCUUUUCACCGCCCCAUGGAGUUCUAUGCUGAGGAGGGGGACAUCUUGAUCUUUCCCUCCUUCGCAAUUCACAAGGUGCCGCCGCACAUCGGCGAGAGCACCCGGGUGGUCUUUCCAACAAACUGCCAUUUGCCCAAGAGACCGCGGAAGUUGAGCGACAAGUUCCAGGGCCGCGAGUGCCCUUUGGACGGCUGGGAGCGCAUUGCACGGUGGCAGCAGGCGCCGACGGCUUUCGGACGGCCGGUGGCGCCAUACGUGGCACACGCCCAGCAGGCGCUGGCCCUGGCGCAGACCCUGGAGUCUCAGCGCUGUGGCGUCAUGCGCCGGUCCACCAGAUUGCAACACCAAUUUCAUGACUUCGCCUCACGUGGGGUUUUCAACUUUGACAAUCAUCCUCACUGGUUUGUGGGACACAUGUCCAAAGGCAAAGUGAAGAUCGAGCAGAAGAUGAAGGACGUCGACAUCCUGCUGGAGGUCCGGGAUGCUCGGGCGCCGUUCAGCUCAGCGCAGUUUGAUCUGACGUCAAAGAUCGGGGACAACGUGCAACGCCUGGUGAUCCUGAACAAGGCGGAUUUGGUGACGCCGAAUGUUGGAAUUGCAAUGAGGAACUUAGUCGAGGAAGCUGGGCAGCCAUGCUUGCUGACGACAGCUUCGGAGAACAAGAACUUGAUCAAAAUCAAGCAGUUCGCCUUGGACAACGUGCGGGCAAAGUACCCGCGCACGCUGGGCUUGAUGCUCAUGGUGGUUGGGUUGCCAAAUGUUGGCAAGUCCACCAUCAUCAGCGGCUUGAAGAGGAUAGCCUUCUCAACCGCCAGGCACCAGGGCACCAGCAGCAAACUCAUGCAGGGUGUGAAAUGGACGGUGCCCAAGGCCAGCAAACGCCCUGGACAGACCCGGGACGUCUCCUUCUUCCAGCUGACAAACCACCCUCGCCUGUAUUGCUAUGACACGCCCGGAGUGUCGCUGCUGAAGAGGCAGAACGACCCAGAGCGCAAUGCAAAACUGGGGGUACUGAACUGCAUGCCCGACCACAUCGCCGGGGAGACAUAUUUGGCGGACUAUUUGCUGUUUCGCCUAAACCGGGAUCGGGUCUUCGACUACGUUUCCGAGCUGGAGCUGCCGGGCCCCACGGACGACGUGCGGUACUUGUGCGCCCACAUCACCGACCAGCUGCUUCUGAAGAAUGAGCCCCAGUCUGUGACCAACGUGGCCUCUGGCGCGGUCUUCUUCCUGAAGCUCAGUUCGAAGUUGAUCUCUUGGAGGUUGGGCAAGGUGUGCCUGGACUACGUGCCCAACCCCGGGGAGGUGGAGCGGUUGCGUCAGCUCAGGGCCCAGACGGAGCCGCCAGGGCCCUGGGGCCCAGCGUGCUACCCGGAGGUGCCGGAGGGCUUGGAGCUGAGGAACCGCACACAGGGGCCGGGCUUCCGCGGAGCCACGCGAGCCGCGGAGACACGGAGGAAAAUGGAGCGACUGCCACGUGACCAGUGCCCACUCCACCCCAAGAAGAGCCAUUUUAGUAGGUCAGUCUUGCUUCCUGGUAGCAUUGGGGUUGCAGCAAAGCCUAAAUAA